UCGCCGGUUCGACACAUAGAACAACAAGGAAGUAAGUCAGACGGUUUGUAGUCUGCUGGAAGUUCAAAACUACAGGAAGAAACACUGUCUGUGUCUGUGUGUUUAUAAAGCCCAGUGUGUGUUCGCGGUGUGUGUAAUGACGUCAGCCCCGGUGUGAGUGACGGUGAACAGAAGAAGAAGAAGAAGGAUGGCAGACGAGGCUCCCUUCCAGUUUCUCCAUAACGAAGUGAUCCAGUACAUCUACAAGUCAGCUGACAGCGGGGAGACGGAGAAUGGGAGAAACAUCAGCAGGCUGGAGAACAUGGGCUUCAGAGUGGGCCAGGGGCUGAUCGAGAGAUUGACAAAGGACACAGCGCGGUUCAAAGAUGAGCUGGACAUCAUGAAGUUCAUCUGUAAAGAUUUCUGGACCUGUGUGUUCAAGAAGCAAAUUGACAACCUUCGAACCAAUCACCAGGGUAUCUAUGUUCUCCAGGACAAUAAGUUCAGAUUACUGGGUCAGCUGUCAGCCGGAAAACAGUACCUGGAACAAGCCCCAAAGUACCUGGCCUUCACCUGUGGUCUGGUGAGAGGAGCUCUGUCCAACCUGGGAGUGAAGAGCAUUGUGACUGCUGAGGUGUCCAUCAUGCCUGCAUGUAAAUUCCAGGUCAUGAUCCAGAAAAUCUAGAGGCCACAUUCACUCGACACUCUUGUUUGCCUUCAUAUACCACUGAGCUUUUGUCAUGAAAAUGCCAGCGAUCUUCCUUAGUCAAAUCUACUUGUUGCUACACUUCUGCAGUAACGUAUGGCAGCAGUCCCGUCCAACAACCUGAGAUGUAUUUUCUGUUUGUAGUGGACAAACACUUUCCCAGCCUUACUCAUUACUCAUGAUCACCGAACAUCUGUUAUGUUUAAGUGAUUAAUAAAAAAGCAAUUUAACACUAGAGACCAAAAAUGAAUUCAUAAAGACCCAGCCGAGCAGCUUAAUUAACGCACUUUCUUUUUAUCAUCAAACUAUCUCCAUCAAAGUCAGGGGGAGUUCACUUGGUGAAUGCUGUCAUCAGACCUGCCAAAAUGUGAUUGAAGGUCAAGAAUAAAGAUUGAAAGAUUGAAUGAAUGCAGACACCAGUCUGUGAAUAAGAGCUCCCCACAGUGUCAGGACAGUGUAGCACUCAUCAUGGAAUGUUAUCAUUAAGCAUGCCAAUAUCCAAACUGUACAGAUGGAAUGAUUUAGUUUUUAUUAAAGUUGUUUGUUUGGACCUGGACUUCUGGUUUGCAUCAGUAUGAAAUCAAGCUCUGUCUAUAUUACAGCUUAGUGUUGUUAAAAAACAACAACAACCUCAGAACAGCAACACCACCAACGUAUGAUAAUUAUGGAAAUUAUUAUUAAAGUUUCUUCUUGCA